AUGAUAGAAUAUAUAUGCUCUGAAAAAAUAGAGGACAUUUUAAAGUCAUUGAUUUCAUCAAACUCCACUAUCAAUCAGAAUGAGCAAUUAAGAAAAGCAUUGGUGGAUGGACAUGCUGAAGCAAUCGAAAAGAUGAACAAUCUGUACGAAUCAUCAAAUCAUUUGUUUGCCAUUAGAGUAUGGGGAUAUUAUGUUUAUUUCUUGGGCGAAGGUUUAUUUACAAAUGGAUCGGUAAUUAACUCUCUUUUGAAAUUACCAGAAAAAACAUUUGUACAUACCAAUGAAGAAAUUAGAUUCCAGACAUUCCAAUCGUGGAGAUAUUUAAUUGAUAGUGUCCAGAAUGAGUCAUUAUUGAUGCCAAAGAGAUUGCUAUUAAUUACAAGACCAAUCACUGCUGGAUUUAAGCAGACUGAAGUUGAUCAGUCCUGUUUUCUGACAUGGAUACAUCUUCUCUCUGUGAUUGGAUCGACUAAUAUUGUCAAUUUAUUCCCAUAUAUAUUCUCACCAAUUGUACCAUUGGCACUAGAGGACGCCAAUUUCUCCAAUUAUUGCUAUACCAUUAUUUGCGCAUUGUUUUCAAAGGAGAAUUCAAGUUUUAAUAAUAAAUUAAAAGUUGAUUUUCAAAUAAGUUUGAAAUCGAUGCCAGAGUUGAGCGGACAAUGGUUAUUGGCAAACAUAAAGGUAAUCAUUCAGGUUCUACAGUAUUUCCGUGUCGAUCACAGUGGAAAGAGUUUGAGUUCAGAAACACAAAAGCUGAAUGAUUCAAUCACCAUUGAGGAUGCAGAUCUACUCCAGACCAAUCAACUGCGUGAGAGAAUCGAGAUUUGGAGUUCAAUGCUCGAGAGAGUUGCAUUGGUCGAUACCAAAGAUUGUAAUUCAGUAGCCCUCACCCAAUUGGUUUUGAAAUCAAUGGAAGCGAUUUCAAACAGUGCUAUUGAAUUUACCUUGGCUCACCACAAUGAAACCACCAACGAAUUCAUUAUUCAUUUCAUCAAGAGUGUACAUAAUAUAGUCAUUCGAAUACUUCCUAAAUCAAUCUUAUAUUCUCAGGAAUAUAAAACUCAAAAGUUACCGGAUAGAGAUGAUAGUAUAAUGAUUCCAUAUGUAAAUUUAAUAGAAGUUGGAUUAAUUGACAAAUUAAAUAUUGGUUUAUCAUUGCUUCCUAUUAUUAAUGAAAUAAUACAAUUUUCAUGUUCAAAUUCUCCUGAUAUUUCGUCUAAAAUAAAUUCAAUUUUAGAUAUAUUUUAUCCAGUUUUAAUAAAGAAAGAGUUGGACAUUAAAGAUUUAAAGUUUAUUAUUCAAUUUUGGGUUCAAAAUUCAUCUAUUGUACAGAAUUUUAUAGAUAGAUCACAACAGAUCUCAUCGAAUUCCAUUGGAAGUUCUAAAUCCAUCAAUAUUAAAUCGAUUUUAUUAUGGCCAUUGAAGGUUGUGUCACUCUGCGAUAAUUGGGAUACUAGUAAACAAAAAGAAGACGAUGGUGAUAGUGAGUUGUCUAUAAUUUGUGAUAGUUUGGUUCAAAGUUGGAAAUCACUAUUACAAUCAUUCCACCGAUACAGCUCCAUACGAACUUCAUCGAAUCCUCUGGUCGAGCAAAUCAUUGACGGCAUUGAAUCAUCAACCAAUUGGAAACACCCAUCGAACCUUGAGAUUUACGUUGGCGUAGUUUCAACUCUUCUCUCAAUUUUAGAUCCUACUUCAUCAACAUCAUCCUCUUCCUCAAAGAAAAAGAAUGACCAAAUGGAGGCAUUUUUCACACAUAUAUUUUCAUUUAUAAACAAGAUAUUCAUGUUGGUCGAUGGCAAUAAAUAUUUACCAUGUAUUCAAUCCGAAUUGAACACCUCUUCGUCACAACAACAAAAAGAGCAUCUGGCCAGUUUCAAAAAGAUAUGCAACCAAUCAUGGCACUCACUACUCGACGUUUCCAGUAAAGCUGUAGGUACAAACCACGAGCAAGGAGACCAGCUACUCCUUGCAAUCGGUGAACUUCUCAACACAGCAUUCUUGUCCAAGCAAACACUUGUCACAGAGAAAACAUUGGAUUUCUGGAAUUCCACUUUUGGCGAUCGUAAACAUCUCAAUUACUCCUCCACACUUUGGACUACACUGAGUGCCGUCAAGCGAAAAGUUGACAUUAAACUUCCACCAAGAGAGAAUCCGCCCGAUCUAGACGAUAGUUUCGACGACAAUUCAAACCGUAUCAUACCAGCAGCCACACUCGGAUCCUUUCAAGGUUCGUUACAAUUGUUACCGGAAAUUAAGAUGGCACCAACAGAUUUUCAAUUUGAUAGAGAUCAUAUUAUGAAAAAGAAUAACAAAGAUAAUAAUAAUAAUAAUAACCAAAGUAAUAAUAAGAAUAAUAACAAAGUUAAUGGAAAAGAAAAAGAAAAAGAAAAAGAACAACCUCUUAAAAGGAAGAAACUUUCACCGGAUCAAAAACAACAUGAGGAGAUAGAUCAAAAUGAAACCAAAGAGAUUUUGUUUGUGUUGGAUUCACCAGUUCAAGCUUCGAAAAAGAGUUCACCUCAGAAUAGCAGCGCCAAUAGUACACCAAAUUUACAAAUAGCAUUGUGUGAUGAUAGCACAAUGGAGAUGGACAACAUCAAUCAUCAACACUCCAACGACUAUCAAAAGGAAGAGUACAUCAAGACUCAAUUGACUAUGAUGUCGACUCUGAACUUUGAAAACUUUAGCAACCAAUCACUCUUGGAAUAUCAAGGACUUGCAUUGUUAAUUGCAAAUGAAAUCAAUGGUACCUUACAGAAAAGACUCGCAAAAUAA